GGAUUUACUUCCCUUGUUUGGAAGAUUGUCACGAAUGGCUGGAGAUGGGAGCACAUACUUAGGCGGGCGGGGAUGGAGAAACAUUAAUUUUUCCAAAUUUCAUUGAGGAUUUGGUCGUGAAGACGCUUCCGAAUAACCAAACCAAAAUCAUGUUUUUGGGAUGGGAAACAAGAGUUACUUGAAGAAUCUGUGCAACAUAAUUUCAAAGGCUGUUGCUUCCACUUAUAAAAAAAACCAUCCGCGAGUUGGAAUGUGAAAAUCACAAAGACAAAAAGGAUCAAAGAGUCAUGAAACAUGUUUCUGCUGCUUCAACUAAGAACCAUGCUGAUGUUGAACCGACUGAGCUCCGGGAACCAGAAGUCAAAGACAAGCUAAGGAUGUUCCUGCCAGUGAGAGAGCUCGCAGCCAGUCGGGUCUUUAAUGAGUUGAUCAUUCUGGACAUACUUCGCGCAACACAUAAUGAUCAUCACUCAACACGGCAGGAUAUUCCGUGAGAUAAGGCUGGUGUGGUUGAAGUCUGAUUUGCCCUUGUGUGGUCUGGUUUGGCUGUGUUUGGGUUUGUAGUAUCUGGGAUUCUGGGGAACAUGUGUGCUAUGUUUAUGUGUUAUGUAAAAAAAAGUGUCUGCUUUGGUCCUUUUUUGUGUUCUAUAUCAUGUGAUGGGUUUUUGUGCUUUGGAUCAGAGCACAUUGUAAGGCAAGUCAUAAGCCUAUCUUCUUUGGGA